AUGCUGCAAGCUGCCGCGCGAAAGGCCGCAGCGGUCCAGCGCUCCUCCUUCUUCAGCCUGCUGCGCGUGAAGGAUGUGCUAGUGCCGCAAGCCACCGCAGCAGAGCCUCUCAGUGACGACGCCGUCGCGCGGGUCAAAGAAGACAUCAGCCAGAGCGCUGACGCGCUCAUCGAGGCGCACAAGCCGCUGCUCCCUCCAGCUUGCGAGCGCGCGCCCGCGCACCUGCAGAUGGCGGCGCUGGCGCUCGCGGCGCAGAGGCACCUGCUGCACGUCUCGGCGACGACCGACGAGCUCAACCUCGUCGAUGCCGCCGAGGUCCGGUGGGUGGUCGGUGGCGCGAUCGGCGUGGUCGCGCCUCCCAACGGCGAGGAGCCGUGGGCGGUGCCCGUCAACUACGUGCCCAACCGUCUCUCUAUGGUCAUCACCGGCUCGGUGUGGUUCCCCGGCCGCCGCCGCAAGAUGGUGGAGAGGAUGCUUGCAAACUGGCGGGCCGACCUCGGCGAGGCGUUCGCGACCGCCCCCGCCGAGCCUGCGCCGUCGUGCCGAAUGACGAAGUGCUUGUACACCGAGUUUCUGCACGAGGCGGGCGACGAGCACGCCGAGGACCUGACGCCGCUCUUCCACGCGCUGCACUCGGCGACUUUUGCGGGCGUAACGGGCUUUCGCGCCUCGAGCGAGCGCGACGAGCGCGGCCGGUGGAUGCCCGUCUUCCUCUUCGACAGUUGAUUCGUAUUGGGCGUGUCCCGUUUUCGAUUGGUUGGCCGAGCGGCACGAUUCCGAAAUAGGAAGAGAAGAAGAUGUUAGCGACUUCCUGUUCCCUGACACUUCCUUCCAAAAAAGAAUUUAGGAAC